AUGUACACUGCGCACGAGCGUGCAACGGAGGUGUCAAGCUGGCUUAUCAUCGCAACACGCAGGGACACGCGCAAGAUUGGUGUUCCGUCCUCUCUGGCCCCACUACUCACGGAGGAGCUGCCCGUGGAGCACCCGGACUACCUGCAACAGCAGGUACUACGCACUGUCAGCGUUGGCUCCGACGCGGUGUGUGCAGCGCAGAAGAUUCAAUGUGACGCCGCAGUGAAGGAUAAGAAGUGGCGUGCGCAUCAAAACUUUCGUGAAAAGGCACUCGAGACAGCACCAGUGCAGGAAUUAGUGAUUCGCAACUACAAGGCAACCUUUGACCACUGCACCGAAGAAGGGCAGGUCCACCUCAAGAAUCUGGAGGAGUUCGCGGAAGCCAUUUAUGAGCGGAUGCGCCUCAUCCUGAUGGCACACUUCCCGCCCUGCAUGGACGGUCACCCGACGUUCUUUCAGAGGCAGAACGUCAACAAAUUUGCAGCACGCAAGUUGCAACUCUUUCAAGAGCGCCUGCAAGCAUUUCUCCUUUCCUGUGUUGAUCAUGCCCUGGCAAAAAAAAGCAUCACAAACCGACUUGACCUGUACGUCAUUACACCGCCAAGCAGGAACGCAUUCGUCCUGCACGGUGCGGAGCCAGCGGCCGUGACGGCGCUCAUCGGCGCCUUCACGUCUGGCCUGAUGACAAAGGAACCACAGAAGUACCGCGUCGCAUUUCACACGACACGUUCGCCGCUUCUCACGGAAGAGCCAACAGAAUUGCGCGAAAUCAUUUGUCAUAUCAUUCUGCAGUUGUGCCCUGAUGAGGAGGUGUACCAGCAGGCCAUCAAGGAAGUAGAUAUGAAGUGCCUGCAGAAGCUCUUCGCUGAGGUCUUGACAGAGAAAACGAAGCCGCCUGAAACAUUCACCGGUAGCAAGGGUAACAGGAGUGAGAACAGCAUCACGGUGGUUGUGCUUGACGGGCUGGACUGUGUGCUUCCUCCGGUUACGCCGUGCGCAGCGCUGCGAGUCUCGGAGGAGACGGGGAAGGAUGUAUGGGAUGCGCCGGUGUCGCCUUUGCUUCCUCGGAAGCAGCAGUACCAGGAGGAGGACCCUUUCGCAUACAUCCCCCAUUGCCUCUCGCGUAACGUGCGCCUUGUGUUGGGCUGCGAAACGGACUCUGACUUGCACCACCGACUGGAAUCACGCGGGCGUGACAGCGUGGAGCUUCUCCCGAUGGGCCCCAUGACGCCCAAUGACUUUGACGAGAUGCUUCGCCCAACGGUGAUGUCGAAGUUUGGUGUGACACUAUCAGACGAUGACUUUGUGCUCAUCCGCAAGAAGGAGGAGGCGCUUAGCCCGGAGUAUAUCACACUCGUUGUGGAUGCACUGCGCAGCUUCAACGAGGCACCUGGCGUUGAGACACAGGCGGUAAUCGCGUCAUUGCCGGGUACUGUAAAGGAGAUGGUGCAGCAGGUGUACAGCAAUCUGCGCAAGUGCUUUGGCUUCCCUCACAUACGUAAAUGCUCGUGGCUGUUGAUGUGCUCCCGCUGGGGUAUCUACGAACCGCAGCUGCGCGCGAUGCUUCAGCUCCCCCAGCAGCGGUUCAACCAGCUUAUGCGCAUGAUGCGACCGCUGUUGGAGCACAGCACUCCGUCUAUUCUCGGAAUAGAGGGUGGAAAUGCCCUGCACGUGCGUGUCUGCAUUCGAUCCCGCGCAUUUCGCGAGUUGCUCGAGCGUGAGGACCUUCGGAAUGAAGAGAGUGAGAACGACCACAAGGUGUGGCAUGACAUGCUGGUCCACUGCUACCUCAAUGUCGUUCACGAGGUCAUUGGCCGCGAGCAGACGCCGCCCAUCUUUGGCCUGCUCUCCACCAGCCCGUACGAGCGCAUGGCGGUAAAGGAGCUGCUGUAUCAUGCCGUGCAGGCCGACACACGGCAUAUCGUGCACCGCCUCGUGCUGUCGAUGCCGUACCUGAUGCUGGUAUACCGCAACGGACUCGGUUACCACCUUGUGCGGGAUCUCAUCGCCGCCUUCAACGCCUUCUUCGUCCUCUACGAGUUGGGAGAGUACGCGGACGACAAUGAAGCCGAGAGAGGGGAGAUGCCGACGUCGCUGUCGCGGCUGCGCGACUACAUCUACUUUCUGCGGCAGAACAACGCGCGGCUCAUGGAAUUCCCGCACCUUGUGCUCCAGGUGGCAAUUGAGAGCGCGGCGCGUUUCCGCUUCGUUGGCGGCGACGCACGGGAGUACGUGGCGCGGUGCAUGAGCCACCACGCGCCUGUCGCGCAGCGCCGCGUCGUCUUCUUUGAGGUGAUAGACAACGCGCGGUCGACGAUUCACCACGGCGCCGUCACGGCGUGUGUGUUCGCACCUCGGGCGAAGCGCAUCAUUACGGGCAGCGCGGACCGCAGCGUCUGUAGUGUGAACCCUGCGACGGGCGCCGUUGCGGUGCAGGCGCGGCAGGCGCCCACGCGCGUGGAGGUGAUCGUCUACUGCGAGACCGGCGCCUACCACGCCGCCGUGUGCCACGACCGAACGCUGCUCAUCUACGACAGCGCACAGAUGAGGCUCGUGUCACGGUGUGACGGCGGCGUGUUCGGCGCGCCGCUCGCUUCCGUUGUCUUCUCUGCGCGCGGUCGCUUUUACAUUGUGGCGACGGAGGACCUGCACGUGCGGGUCUUUGAGACGGAGAGGAGCUUGGAGAUGCUGCACGUUGACCAGCGCCAGUUCUUGAGCAACAGCGGCGGGGUCUCGGAAGUCAAUCUUCUGCGCGGGUACGCCGCAGUGGUGCCACACCGCGUCGAGGACGAGGUGUUUUACGUAACAUGCCACAACGUUGUGAACAUGUGGAAGUUAACGCCGACGCGCGACGAGUUUUUGCACGAGAUGAGCUUUGAGUUGCCCUUCACGGUGGACUCAGGCAAAGCGGUUAUGUCUGGCACUCACCUGCUGCUGCACCCCGCCCCUUUGCCCGUUCCAGCGGAUGGGCAUCGGCCAGCACCACGCCUAAUGCGCAUCUGCAGCAUUGCGGAAAGGCGUGAAGUGGCGGUUCUGACGAGUCCCUGCAGCCAACUGUUGUACCAAUUCUCCGUGGACGAGAAGCUUGUCGCGUGUGCUCUAGAUGAUGGCUCUUUGACCGUCUACCGAGUCCCGUGGGCGUGUUUGCAGGACGGCCAAGUGAACUUAAUGUCGAUUGUGCCAUUCGUUCACUUCAGCGCGUUCUGCGAAUCACCGGUGCCGACGGUGCAGGCUCUGCGGUUCCGCGGCAAUAGCGCGGGUCUGUUCGCCUUGGGUAACAGCACCAUGAUGAAGUAUUGGGCGCUGCCACGCAAAAUGGGGAGGACGAGUGGCGGCGAUAGUGUCGACAGUGAAGAGCAGCAGGAAGCAGACGAGUGGGACGUGGCGGAAGAAGAACAGGAGGAUGAGAUUCUGGUGGGCGUGGCGGACGGCGAAUUCGUGCUCGCGGCCGAUGAGGCCACGGCGUGGGAUGUGACGCAGGCGUCGCCCACGCGCGAAGCGGAGAUUGUCUUCGGCGACGCGUCAGGGCGGCUGACGAUGUUACGCAUGUGGAGUCCGCUGAUGUAA